AAGAAGGAAUAGAUAAAUAGCGCCAUUUCGGGCCUCUGGCAGGCCCCUGCCACUUGAAAUUAUCUCCAACUUCGCGCUCAGCCCUUCUUCGCCCUCAUUGCCUCGUCACCUGUCACUCGCUCUCCUACGUUCCUGAGCCUUUUUAAAAAACCCUCCUGUCUUGCGCCAGCCGUCAUGGCCCGCACCGCAACCGCCGUCCUCGCAGCCGUGGCCCUCGCCCAGGCCGGGUCCGCCAUGGUCGUGGACCUCCCCGUCUGGUUCCGCAACACAUAUUGCACGGUCAGCAUGCCAGUGGGCACUCCUCCCCAGGACCACCUGCUGCACUUUGGCACAGGCAGUGGGACGUCAUGGAUGGUGUCGGAGGACAAAGACUGCCCAAACGGGAGCCGCUUCCCCCGCAACGCAUACUCGCUCAACGCCUCGUCCACGUCGCAAGACCUCGGCGUUAAGGGGUCCAUUGACUACCUCGGAGGGGUCCUCGUGGAUCCAGACCUUCAUCGCCGCCACCAAGUCGUCGUGGCGCUUCAUGCCCGCCGACCCUGCGCCAACAUGCCGCUGUGCAGCGAGUUCAACGCGUCGUGGGCCGUGACUUUUACGUUUUCUUCUGGCGACGACGACGGCCGCAGGUUCCGCAACCUCACCGUCCGCGGCGACCAGCUGGCGACCAGCGGCUUUGCCGACCGCGACGACGCCUGCUUCCCGCCCUUCGACUCGAGCGAGAACCCCCGGCUGGCGCUGUUCGGCAGGAACUUCCUGCACCGCUUCUACACCGUCUUCAACUAUGGCGCUAGCAGCGUCGAGGAGUUCAAGCUGCGCAUCGGUUUUGGCCAGCUCAAGUCGGAGUUCCAGCCGCCCGCCGUUAUCCAAGGCGAGAAGCCCUCGAGCUCUCGAGUAGCGUCGAGGAGGAAAUAA